AUGUUCUCGUCACUCCUGCGCCGCCCCAAGCGCGGGUCUCGUCGUCUUGAUAUCCGUGACUUUUCCGUCUCUCCCUCGUCCGGGCCCCCUCGACAACAUCAGUUUACUGGUCGAGCCCACGCUACUGCGGAUUUCACCGAAGCCGAUGACGAUGAUGAGGAUACAAACGAGGAAGACCUGGUCGGGUUUGACGAAGAGGUCGACGGUGUACAAGACGAAGUGGAAGAAGAUGAAGAUGAGGACGAUGCCGACCAUGGGGCAGACGAAGACGAUCGCCAUCGGGCAUUGCCUGUCCUUCCUCUGUUCUCGGCAACACACCUUGAUACCCUGCCGAUAUACAGUAUUACCCACUCUAUUCGUAUAAUUGUGAGCGCUCGUACCGAGACAACGCUAUCAUGGGACCAGCUUCGAUCCCCUCAGGUCUCCCAGUUCCUCGUAAAACCCAUGCAGCAGCAGAUUAGAACACAGCAUUUCUCGAGGGCUACUAUAUACGCCUUGAUGGCAAAUUGCUUACAGUUCUCCAAGGAAGGACAAAGGUAUGCUGCCAAUGCUGGUAUCAGCAACACCAGAGCCAAGGUGUGCGAAUUGCUUGCUCUCAAGCUCUUGAAGGAAUAUUCUACCAGAGAACUCAUUGAUGCCUUGGCAUAUGACUUCUACCCCCUCCAAGGACUCCCAGGAGCACAGCCUCCUCUUCCAGAGGGCAGGUCAUACAGCAAAAGUAAACAAGCCAUGACCGCAUCAAGGACUUCAACGUUGGAAGUGGCCAUCCGCGCUUCUGCCAAACAUUUUCUCGCACAUCCGGUCGUUAUUCAACAGCUGGAAGCCAUUUGGAACGGAGCCAUUACUUUCUAUUCUUCUGCUGACAGUUUGCAUCGCGAACUACCUCCCAGUCCCUUGGGAGGUAUGAAUGGGGAGAUUGCAAAGCCGGAUUCCAGGACUCCGUUACUUGGAUCGCUUCCAGCAAAGCCAGGACAGUACCACGUUCCAUCCGGAAGGAGAACUGUUAUGCUCUAUGACCCUAGACAGGCUUCCAUGUUCAAGCUUUCCCGUCUUCGAGUGCCACGGUAUAGGUCUUUUCUGUCUACGUUAUCACUUGCUGUCUUGAUUGGUCUUUUUCUUGCCGUCUUGUCACAGAGAUCCGUCAAGAUUACAGGGCUGGAGUUGGUCUUCUGGUUCUGGAGUGCGGGGUUUAUGUUGGAUGAGCUUGUCGGCUUCAACGAGCAAGGAUUUGCUCUCUAUAUCAUGAGCUUUUGGAAUAUUUUUGAUCUCGGAAUCCUUGUGCUGUUGAUAGCAUACUACUGCAUGCGAGCGUAUGGUGUAUUCUUGGUUGACCCCCAUCACUGGAAUGCCAUGGCUUAUGACGUUUUAGCCGCCAAUGCUAUUUUACUUCUGCCCCGGAUUUUCAGCAUUUUGGAUCAUUAUCAGUACUUCUCACAGCUUCUAAUCGCAUUCCGGCUCAUGGCUGUGGACCUGGCUGCUGUGUUCGUCCUGGUUUUGAUCAUGUGCAGUGGAUUCUUUGUCUUUUUCACGCUAUCCCAGAAUGCAAGCAAUGGUGGUGAGGUUGCUUACAAGAUAUUCCAGAUUCUUAUGGGCUUUACUCCUGCCGCCUGGGACGUAUUUGUAUUUGCGAUCAACACCAUCUCCAUGGUCAAGAACGAUGCACUCUUUUCCUAUAUUGCCCCCAGCAAUAUAUUUGCCUGGCUGCUGAUGCCACUGCGCUAUUGCAUGCCUUUGAAGCACUUCGUCUUUCUGAAUCGAACUAUUAUCAAGGUCACGCAUUUCCCAGUUCUGUUCAUGAUUUUUUUGUAUGAACGAUUUUGGCUUGCGCCUUCCAUGUUUGAGCCUACAGAUCUUGUUGAGAACCCCGGUCGGUCCCGGACUCGCGCAAUCUCUUUUGGAGAUGCGGCGCAGCGUACGGUCAUGUUCAGUCCUAAUGUACGUGUACGCGAGGAGUCCGUUGCAGGGUUUCACAAAGAUCGAGCGCUUGAGGAAGUCUUUCGUCGUGUGCCGGAUGCGACAACAUUACGCACCCAGAGAAGAAAUGAGCGACGCAAGACACAGACUGCCAUCCGAAACUGGAUGGAGCAACACGAUGAAGAGGGUAUGCCGCCUACGAAUUGGCCAACGCUCGACAGCCGGGCUGUGCCAGAUUGGCAAAGGAGGAUGAGUGUUGGCUGGGACAAGCCUUCUUCACAUCUACGACAAGUGUCCGAUGUGAGAUCUACAGCGAGCGACCCAGCAGAUUUCAUGUCCAACCCUGGUGCAUCAUUCCGUAACGCCAAGGGUCGUGGAUCAAGGGUAGAAUUGAUUCUUCCCGAGUACAAGGAUCACACAGACGCAGAUGGUGACGAUGAGCUGGUCACAAACGAUGAGGAUGAAGAUGAAGCGACCAACGCUGGGCGCAGUCAACAGUUUGAAAAGCAUGGUGUGGAAGAUGGCGAGGACUAUUUCACAACUUCUAUGGGAGCCCGAUCAGCUAAACUGGCAUCCUCUCAUGAAUCAUUCGCAAAAGCUGCAUCAACAAUUCGUCAGACACAUUCAAGACGUGGCGCCCACGCCCGCACAUUAUCAACAAACACCAUUCUGUACAACCCAGAGGACCAACCUAAGCCUCAACCUGCACCGCCCGUUUCACCACCCAAGGCGAUCCCCUUUCGAAGACCCAACACGAGCGGGCGUACCACUGGUACAGAUACUGCCGCUCAUACAACCCGGCACAACUCCCCUCGAAGAGCGCCUCAGCUAUCAACCUCAAAGCCACGACCGAUUCUAGCGCCACGUGACAUGACCGACAGCGGUGGUGUGAGCAAGUCAGCAAUGCUCAGCCUUGCCCCUCGUGACAGGCUUAGGCAAGCUAGACGGCUGUCGUCAGUUGACCUGAGUCUCAUGUCUGACAAUAUGGGUAUCGAGGACAACAAUGCCGGGCUAGCAGGCAGCUUCCAGACACAAAUGGCAAUGGCCCUGAUGAAAGACAGCCGGAUGCGUGCUGCUGGAGGGCUCGAGGCUGCAGACCGUGAUAGGAUGGGGAGGCUGGUCCUAGCACGUAUGAAAACGCUGGAAGAGAGCUUUGCGGAUGUCAUCAAGGAAAUGCGAGAUUUGAAGAAUAGCUCUACUGCACCGCAGUCGCAACUCAACUCGUCCGGAGAUAACUUUAAAGCAGGAAUUGCUAGUAGUGAGUACGAGCGACGGAAGAGGGGCAAGGGUGAUGUCACACCUAGGAAAGGGUACGGCAAACGACCUGUCAGUCGACGAAGCAUGAAGGAGAGCAAAGUAGGUUUGUCGAUAAAGCGCGAGCCACGGGAUAAGGGCAAGGGAGUGGCGACCUCAUCGAGUGAUAAUGACGGAGAUGAUAGCCUUGCAAACAAAGGUAGCUCCAUGUGA